AUGACAUGCCCCGAUACCCAACGUUACCUACAAAUCUUCAACCCUGCCCCUGAGACUUGUACCGACUUCCACCAAUUUGCUCGAUUUCCACCAGAAAUCCGAUGCCUCAUAUGGGAACAAGCAUUGAGUCACGAGCGAUGGAUUCGAAUCUUCCUGACAAGCCACAACAAUGACAACACUGGCCGACUUAUGAACUUCGGCAGGUAUUAUCUUUGCAUCUAUAGUCGACGGAACAUGAGCAAACUCUUUCGGACCACGCAUGAGUCACGACGUGUUGCGUUAGGCUUUUAUCGGGUUCAAAUCCCUUGUUUUACGCGCGAUUGGGACCGAGAAGAGAACAAAACCACUCUUUACAUUUGUCCAGAAUUGGAUACUUUGGAGGUCGCGGGGUUAAAGUUCUUCGAGCUUUUUGCUUACGACGUAUGGGCCCGCGAUCGUCUCCGUGUUGGUCUCGUCAACCUUGCAACACGGGGCGUCAAUACCAGGUUCUACACUGACUGGGCACUCGAUGGCAGAGACAAAGCCCUUUUAAAACAGGCCCUAUUGAGAAUUGAGCGUUUUACCGUGCUAAAUAGGGAUUCGAAGCAGAAAUGGCUAGGCGACAACUUGAGAGACCCAACCCCCUUGCCAAGUGACCCGGUACACCGUGCUUGUCCUCUCUUUGGUAACACCAUCGGUUUCGAACGACUACCAUACGAUCCCCGCCUGUGUGAAGAGCAUCUAAAGCAAAUAUUCACGGGACCAAGGGAUCCGAGAAUGCAGUUCCACGCUUGGUUCAGGGUACUCGGGCUCUUGGGAAUCAAGCAUGAUCACAAAGUCGACUAUCGUUAUGGCAUGUGUCAUCAAAAUCAUUCAAGGGGCGCUCAAUUUGGACAAGACCGCAAUGCCGCUGCCGAAUGGGUCCGAAAGGAUGAGGAGAAGUUCCAAUUAAGUCUGAAGACGUUUUGUGAGGUCGAUGGCCGGUACUAUUCCUCCCCGGAGAGUCAAGGCCUUGAAGAAGUACCUCAGCAGGCAAUAGGAUUCUGGCUGUUUCCCUUGAAAAGUCUCGAGCCACUGGUUGACCCUGGAAUAUGGUUCCGAAAUUACGCAGGACGAAGAACUAGGGGACAUUUCUAUUUCAAGAGGGUCUUGGACAUGACAAAACACAAGCCAGAGUUGUGCUUGUCUAUUAUGCAUUGA